AUUAUAAUAUAAAAAAAUAAUGGAUGAUGGUUUUUAAUGAAAUAUUCCUUUAAAUUCUGGGUCACUGUUGAGGGUUUGGAUGGUAAAAUGAACUAAGAGGCUCAUAAACAAAUAUUUAUCGCAGUUUAUUAGUUUGUAAUACUCUGAAGGUUGCUGACACAGAGAGAUAGUUUUGAUAAUUUUCUGCCUUAUCAGUGUGUUUUUCUCACGUCAAUAAUCCUGAAUCUUAUCUGGCCUCAUUUUGUAACCAGUGCUGAGAUCAAGGCUGCUCUGAAUGAUGUUCUUCAUUUUCAUUCAGUUCAAGGCUUGGGAGACAUCCACAGAUCCAGUCAGAGUUUCUGAACCGAGAUCUGAGUUUUGACACCAGAAAAUAAAUGCAUAUCUGUCAGAAUAUGAACAAAUUCUAUUCCUGAGCCAAUAAUGAUUAAUAUAAAAAUAUAUUACAAUCUGAAGGUAACACAACUGCUGCAGCCAAAGAAGGAAAAAGCUGCUAAGGAUAUAAGCUAAUACACAUUAUUAAGGCACAAAUAGAUCUGACUGUAAUGUAAAACUGUAAUGUAUGAACUAUGGUGCUUAGAUAUCGCCUGUUUUUAUGGCAUAUGAGAUCAUUUUGGCCUUUUCUUUCAGCUGCAGCCCUGCAGGUCUGAAUAAACUUUAAAAACUUCAUUCAAAUUAGCAAGUUGAUAUAAAUCAGAUGAGGUCACUGAACUUUACUGCUUCAUCACCUUCUAUUUUUCAUUUUAUUGCAACAAAACUGCCAACAGAGAGAGAUAAAAUGGCUUUCAAAUACAUAGUAGGAAAAAAAAACUGGCACUGAGAAUCUACAUCAGUAAUAUUUGUGCAAAAAAGGGUUUGUAAAGUUGAGUUAAUUCUUUCUCUUUUGCGAUGCAGAAACCAAAAAAAUUUGACCAUGAUGUUAAGAUAAAUCUGAGUUAAUAGAUGUAGCUUUAGUUCUAUACAGGGAAUAGAACAACAGAGGUUUGUUAUGUUAGGCUAUGUGGUAAAUUUUACGUUGUUGAUGGAGAGAAGGAAAGUGGAUAAGGUUACUGAGGACAGUUUCUGAGUCUGACCAAUCGGCAGCCUGAAAUAGGUAUUAUUUACACCCCUAAACACAUCCCUAAAACAGGUUCUACUGCGUCAGUUCUUAAUGUUCAGAAUAUGCAGAAAGGUUCAGGUCGCCCUAAAACCAUCUGUAAGUUCUUACAGCUGAAUAUGGCCUGUUGACCAAUAAAUCUUGGUUUCUGCAUUCUACUAAUCUAUGCAGACGACUCCACGCUGCGGUCAAGUAUCUCCAAGUGGACAUCAGUGAAGAGAUGAACUUUAAAGAGAAAGCAAAGCUAAACCACAAGAAACUCAAGUGUAACCCAAAGUUGUCAUUUGAAAGUAAAUUUCUUAUAUUUUACUUUACUUACUUGCUUACUAUUUACUUCACUAAGCCCAUCUCUAAACAGGUUCGAAAGGGAUGGUUCUCGUUGUUUGGAACAUGCAUGAAGGUUCAGGCCAACCUGAAACUGUCUGCAAGUUCCUGCAGUUCCUACAUUGCUUGUUGACACAUGUCCAUGUAAAUCUUAGCUUCUGGGGUCUCCUGUUCUAUGCAGACGACUCCACGCUGUUGUCACAUAUCUCCAAGCGGGCAUCAAUGCUAAGAUGGGCUUAAAAGAGAAAGCAGACUAGUCUUUUUUGUCAACAUAGACCACAGAAAACCCAAGUUUAACCCAAAAUUGUCAUUUGAAAGGCAUAUACUUUACUGCUUCUUAGAUCCAAAAACACACACUAGACUUAAUGGAACUCAGUCCUUACGUUUUUUUAAAUGUUCAGACUAGCCUUUCCACUGCACCACUUUGUGUUUGUAGGUCAAAGUCAGACUCAGUGAAGGUGCUCAGUGUGUUUUAUGAUGGAGCCAUAAAGCAGCUAUAUAAACCUGGAGGUUAGCGGAGGUGGAUUCACCGGAGAGCGACGGGAAGAUGAAGCUGUCGGUGUUGCUGCUGUCGGCCCUGCUGGCUCUUUCUGCAGCCAGUCUGCAGGACAUCGUGAAGAAGAGCUCGCAGCACAGGAAAGUGUCCCUCCUGAACCCGGAGCUGGAGGGCUGGGUUCCUGAACCGACCGGUGAGGUGGCGUCUGGACCUCUGACUCCGGCCGACCUGGAGCAGCAGCAGGACCUUCCUUCCUCCUUCCUGUUCGGUGAUAAUGUAAACCUGGAGUGGCUGACCUGGGACGGAGCUCUGCCCAACGGCGCCGUCUCCAUCUACAAUGGCUACACUGAGCGCACCGACUACGUCUGCAAGUACAAGUGCGAGGCCGGUUUCUACAACCCCAGCCUCGGACCGUACUGCCGGUACCCCUACGGAGACCGCGAGUACUACGCCCCCGAGUUCGAGAUCCUCACCAACAAGGACAACUUUGAGUUCCUGGAAUGGAAGGAAGAUUCUUACGGUUCUGUACCACAACACUCCGUCAGAACCUGCACGGGAGUCGGCAUCUACGUAGGGAAGAACAAGUACGGACUCGGUAAGGUGGUGCCCCAGUUCGAGGCCUUCUUCCUGCCCUGGGAAGGCGAUGAGUACUGGUACAAGAGCUACCAGGUCCUGACCAUCAACAGGGACGCCUACACCCAGCACAUCAGCGACGUAAAGUACGCCAUCGACGAGGUCGCCAUCUUCCAGUACCCUCCGGAGACGAUGCGCAUCUCCGGCAUCACCAACAACGAGUGCCAGACCAUCGUGAAGACGGUCACCAUCUCCAAGGAGACGGAGGUCGAGACCACCUGGAACAUCGGCCGGGCCACCAUGCUGGGCAUCACCGGCAGCAUCACGGCCAACAUCCCCCUCAUCGGCUCUGCCGGCAUCGAGCUGAGCGGCGAGAAGACACUGCAGUUCUCCAGGGGGACCACGGUGGUGGAGUCGCUCAGCCACUCGGUGUCCGUGGAGCUCAAGGUUCCACCGAACCACUCCUGCAAGGUCCGCAUGGAGGGACGCAAGAUCAAGGCCGACAUCCCCUACACGGCGCGCCUCAGCCGGACCUACCGCAACGGGGAGACCCAGUGGACCUCCAUCACCGGGACGUACGACGGAGUCCAGAUCGGAGAAAUCCGGGCCGUGGUGGACCGCUGUGAACCGGUGCCUGACGCCCAGCCCUGCCCCUAAAGACUGACGGACGAUACGCAAAAAGAUGAGAUCGUGAAAGUAAAUAAACAUUGUACAAUAAAUGGAAAACAUCCUCAGUGUGGGCUGGUGUCUGAAAAAAGUUUCAUAUGUUAAUACCACUGAAAAUAAAAUAAAAUGGCACUUUUACUCUCUUCUAGUCUCUUUUCUACCUCCACAUGAUUCUGCUAAUUAGGAUUCAUCAGCACAACAAACACAAACAACAAAGCAAUUAAAAUACAUGAGCUGAGUCCCUUACGACAAU